AUGUCGUAUAAUGACACUGAUAAAAAUUACCUCUUGGAAAGUCUGCGAGAAAAACAGCAAAAUACCGACACCACGGAGGACGAGAAUGUCAUCGAUGAUGAAGAGGAUCUCAGUCCAGAACAGGAGGGCAGUGAGGAGGGAGAGAGGAGGGAUCCAGGUGGAACUGGUCCAUCAGAGAGUGCUCAACCAAAGUCGACAGGGGAUUCAUUUACCUCUCAAACAUUGGAAUGGGCCUUUGGGAUAAAUCGUGCUCUACCUGUCUUCAGUCUGCAAGACGAGGAUCAGCUAGUGAUCCUGUAUGCUGGCUCCCAUGUUGGUGUCAUGUACAAUCACACCUCAAACUCCCAGCACCUACUUCAGGGUCACAGCAACCCCAUUUCUUGUUUGUGUGUGAGUGCAGACAGACGCUGGCUUGUGACUGCAGACAAGGGACAUGAAAGCCUGGUUAUUAUUUGGGACUCUUACUCUGGGAUCCCUGUGCGUACAUUAUUUGACUGUCAGCCUGAAGGGGGUUGCAUAGCUUUAGCAUUGUCCAAGGACGUCAAACACCUGGCAAUUCUUGGGGCUGGAGAAGUUCAGCAUGUAUGUAUUUGGGACUGGACAAGUGAGAACGAGAAGCCUUUGUGCGUUACUGAACUCAGUCUUCAGCAUGGUUUUCAAAAUUACAUAAUUUUCAAUCCCAAUGACAGCACUGAACUGCUCAGCAAUAGCAAGAGCCAAGUGUUAUUUUACAAAAUGACCAAGAGAAGUCUGGAAUAUGCUGCCCCCAAGCUCCUCGAUAAGACUUUCAACAGUGUUGUGGGUGUAAUCAGUCAGUCUGUGUUUCACAUGAAGGGGGUUCAGGCUCUAACAGCCACUGUAGCAGGAAACCUUGUGCUCUGGGAUAUGGUUGGGGGCUCUUCCAAAACGCAAAACACCAACAGACAAGCCAUCAAGCUCAUCCCACUUCAAAAAGAUCCCAUCACUGUGCUCACCUUAACUGACAGCUAUAUCAUAACAGGUGAUUCUCUUGGCCAUAUAAAAUUUUAUGAUGAAAACUUCAGGAUCAUCAGCUGGUACAGUGAGUUCAGCCUAGAUGCAAUAGCAUCCAUCUCCUUUUCCAAAGAGUGUCCUCCCAGCCAGGGAUAUCAAGAGGACUGCACUAUAGAGGCCAGACCAUUUGUUACCAGGAACUUUGUUGUGUCCACAGUCAGCUCAACAGUGGUACAUGUGAAAGCACAGGGGGAUGUGCUUCAAACAUUGUUAUGUGAACAUUGUGAACCUCUGCAAGCAGUGGCUUGCCAUCCCAAACAGCCAAUUGUUGCGAUGGGCAGUCACAGUGGUAUCUUGAAGGUGUGGGACUAUAGCAGCAAAAUGACAAUCUCCAGCAGGGUUUUUGAGACCAAGCAAAUUCAGUGUAUCGCCUUUGACCCCCAAGGGUUUUACUUGGCUGUUGGCUUUGCCAGUGGAGCUCUCCAUAUACUGGAUGCUUGUACUUUACAAAGUGAUGCAGAAGGCUGUUUUGAUUUCUGCCAAGACAGCAUCAGUCACAUCAGGUUCUCCCUAGACUCCCAGUAUCUGGCCACUGCAGAUACUGGAAAAGCAGUGACAGUGCUCCGCUUACAGACCAAUACUGGGUUGCAGCAUUGGAAAUGUUUAGGCAGACACCAUUCACACUACAAACCCAUCAGAGACAUUCUAUUUGGGGUGUACGUGGACAGCCCUCGACCCAGACUGCUUUCUGUGGGCAUGGAUCGCAGACUUGUAGAGUAUGAUCUGGACAACAGCGAUGAGAACAAACUGCUGAUUUUAAACUCAGUGCGGCUUGAGCAAAGUGCUGUGCCUACUUGCAUGACUUGGUAUCCUCCCCUCACUACUGAGCACUUUGUUCUCACUGCCUCAGACCAGUACAAGAUGAAGCUUUUCAACAGCUCUACCAAGAUGUGCAGAAAGACUCUGCUUGGUCCAACCUAUGGCUCUCCAGUUGAAAAAAUUGUUGUACUUCCCAUUUCUAAGGAACAUGACAUAGGCUCCUAUUACUUAGCAUAUAUCACAAAGGACAAGGUGGGCAUACAGAUUCUUCCCCUUGAUGGGAACCCCUACAAGUCCAGUGCUUUGCUCUGCCAUCCAACAGGAGUGUCAACUUUGGCCUGCUCUUAUGAUGGUCGAUACGUUUUUACCGCUGGUGCAUCUGACUGCACUGUCUUAUCAUGGGAGGUCAGCCUAAGUGCCUUAGAGGCAGCAGCUGCCUUGGGAGGAAAGGACUUGACACCCUACUACACUCUUGUAGAAGGAGGGAGAGAUGGGGAUUUCUUUAGAGAAAUGGAAAGCUUUUUCUAUUACUGCCAGCUGCAUAAUCAAGGCAUAGAUUCCAUGGAGAAACGACAGGUGUCUACACGAAUCCCCUUGACAGAGGUUCCUUCUUUGAUGCGGGCUCUAGGCUUCUUCCCUACUGAGCAAGAGCUGGAAGACAUACGAAUUGAGGUCAAGCUCUGCAAUUACGCUGAAACUGGUAAAUAUGUGACUGACAUAAACCUGGAGGAGUUUAUCAAGCUGUACAUUAAUCACCGGCCAGCCUUUGGCAUCUCCAAAGAUGAAAUAAUGCAGACUUUUCAAGUCUUGGGUGACUUUGAUAUGAUGGGAGAGCCCAUGCUGCAGAGAAAUAAGCUCCUUGAACUCCUUCAGGCCAGAGGCGAACAUAUGACUGAGGAUGAGGUGGUAGAGUGCUUUACAACACUUUUAGGGGUUAAGUCAGAGGGAGAAAAAUCAAAGCCAGAGACCAAUGAAAGUGAAGAAACGGAAUAUUCACUGGAAUAUUCCAUCCCAGAUGAGAUAACCAUGGAGACUUUCACAGGUCACAUCUUGGGCAUCCCAUCAUAUACAAUAGAGCCUGGAAAGUCAUCCACUCCGGAGUUAAACAACACUGACAGUCUGCUUAUGUCUCCAAUCUGA